GCUUAUUGGAUCACAAUAUAAUCCAAUAGAGUUGGCUAAAUCUGAUUGGGUUGCAAUAAGAAAACCUCCACCUUGUGCCAUUGAUUCUUGGGGCUUAGAUGCUGAAGCGUGAAAGAAAGGGUUCUUCCUACUCAAUGUUUUGAUUUAUAGGACCAAACAUCAAGCAUGCCUCGACGAGGAUCCAUAUUAGAUUCUAGGAGUGACAGGUCCACUUCAAGGAGUGACAAGUCCACUUCAUCCAAGUCAUUUCAAACUACAUCAAGGCAUAAUAACAAAGGAUCCACAUUUCAUCAACCUGUGUAUCAGAACGCAAAUGAGUAUUAUAUACCUACUUUGGGGAGUACACAUCCUCCUCAACAUGAUUAUGGGAGGGUUGAUGCAUAUCAAUAUUGUGAGGGCUUUCGUUUUCAAGAUUUGCUUCAAACUCAAGGAGGUUUCUCUCGAGAUAACCAACUUGUUUAUGGAGGACAUAAUUUAUAUGGGAGUUAUAGGAGAGUUGAAGGUAAUGAUAAUGAUGUGAACAUUAGAAAUGAAGAUGAGGGAGACGGUAGUAAUGAGAGAGGUGUAUGUGAUGAGAGAGAUGUAUGUGAUGAGGAUCAAGAUGGUGUUCCAUCAUAUCACGGUUCAACAUCUUCUCCAUACAAUUAUGAUCAAAGUGUUAAAAGGAAGGGUUUUGACACGUCAAUAGAUCCAAUAACAAGAAAAAAAGAGCUUUGUUUGUAUGGAACAACAGAGUUCAAUAAUGCAUCGUGUGGUCGUGCAAUCGGAGAUAUUUUGAGGUCCAAUUUUAAGGGAGCAUGGGAUGAACUCUUUAAAGAGUUUAAGAAAAAAUAUUCCUUUCCUGAGGAAGAUGAGUCGAUUGUUCGUAAUAUUUGGGAAGAUAAGGCUAGGAUAGCUUUGAAUCAACAAUUGACCCGAGCUCGCAAGAAUGCCAUGUCAAAAGAAAACACUACAAAUAUUAUAGAUUGUCUUGAUAAGGGUCCUGCCUGGAUAAACAAUGAUGACUGGAAUCAAAUGAUCAAAGAUGUUUGGUCCACCCCUGAAUUUCAAAGGAGAUCUGAAUCUGCUAGGAGAAAUCGAUUAACCAAAACAGAUGGCAAAAUAAGCACUCAUUCUGGAGGAACAGUGUCAUUUGCAUCAUAUCGAGCUAACAUGCAAGAGGAAGCUGGUGGAAAAGAACCUCCAUGGGAUGAUGUCUUUACAGCUUUGCAUCAAAGUACUAAGCAAUCUGGUAGCUUUGUCGACAACAAGUCUAAAAAAGUGGUUGAAAAUUAUAAAAUGGAGAUGAUUUCAAAGUAUGGAACUGAUCGGGAAAAUCAUCCUUCAUUUGAUGGAGCAGCUUGGUGUGUGGCUUCAGGAGGAGUUACAAAGGGUAGGGUAUAUGGUGCACCUCGUAUGCCAAAAUCAAAAGUUAGUACAAGCUCUUCGUCACAUUCUUACUCGAUGGAUUCCAUGAAAGAAUAUCUUGUGAACAAUCUUGGAUACCAUGGUGGGACAUCAAAUAUUGAUCAAGGUAUGCCACCACCUUUGACUCCAUCAAUACCGCCACCUAUGGCUCCUCAGAUAAUGACACCUAUGGGUCCUGCAUUUCAACCAAUUUUUCGACCUACACCUCGACCUUUAUAUCCUGCUCAAUCUUCUGUUGAUCCACAAUAUCAUGUGGGUGUUGUUGCCUACGGUGCCAUGACUGACACAGGCAACUUCGUGCUUCGAGAUCGUGUUUCUGUUAAGCUGUGGGAGAAUUUCAAGAAUCCUGCUGACACUUUACUGCCUUCACAGGUCUUGGACAGGGGGAUGACCCUUUCUUCUCGCCAAUCAGAAACCAACUUUUCUAACGGAAGGUUCCAGCUUAAACUUAGAGAUGACGGGAAUCUUGUGCUAGCAACAAUAAACCUGCCUAGAGAUUAUACUAAUGAACCUUAUUAUAAAAGUGAUACCGAUGGUGAGUUGGAUUCAUCGAGUCCUGGCUAUCAAGUGGUCUUUAAUGAGUCAGGAUACCUGUAUAUAUUGAGGGAGAAUGACCAAAUAUUCUCUCUAACACGGAUAGUAACUGCCUCCACUGGAGACUUCUAUCGCAGAGCAACUCUCAACUUCGAUGGAGUUUUCACCCCGUAUUAUCUGUUGAAGUCUGCAGUAUAUUAG